AUGCAGAAUCCUAAUGAAGACACAGAAUGGAACGAUAUCCUUCGUUCGAAGGGUAUUAUACCUCCGAAAGAGAAGGAGGUCUCUGAAGAUGAAAUCGUUAAUAUGAUAGAAGAAACAAUUCAGAAAAAACAAGCCGAAAAGGAAAAGCAGUUGUCGGAAUUAGACUUGGAUGGUCUGGAUGAAUUAGAGGAUUCAGAGGAUGAAGCAGUUUUAGAAGAAUACAGAAGAAAAAGGAUAGCUGAACUGAAAAGAUUAUCAGAAAAACCCAAAUUCGGUGAAGUUCGUGAAGUCUCAGGCCAGGAAUAUGUACAAGAAGUGAAUAAAGCCGGUGAAGGCAUCUGGGUCGUCAUACAUUUGUAUAAACAGGGCAUACAGCAAUGUGCCCUAAUUAACCAGCAUAUGAAAGAGUUAGCAGCAAAGUAUCCAUACACAAAGUUCUUGAAGGCAUUCGCACAGACAUGUAUACCAAAUUUCCCCGAGAGGAAUCUGCCCAGUCUCUUUGUAUAUUUUGAGGGUGACAUGAAGAAGCAGUUCAUUGGGCCUCAUGAACUACGAGGGACCUCUCUGACUUGUGAUGAACUUGAAUACAUAUUAGGUAAGGUGGGAGCAGUGAACACUACAAUAACUGAAGAUCCCCGACCGAAAAUUAAGGACAAGCUUUUUGCUGAUCUCGGCAAUAAUGACUGGUGA